AUGGGGUUGCUAAGAAGAUUCUCCUCGAAACUUUCAGGGAGACCACAGAAACAAGCCGAGCAACGACAAACAACUUUAAGCUCGACUUCAAGCCCGGAGCCUUCUUCAUUCUCUCAAGGACAAGGACUCACAAACUCAGAAUCAUCCUCACCCUCGCCCCCUCAAGAAUUCACAACCCCAUUCCUCGCAGACACACAACUGCUGGACUCAGACCCCUGUCCCACCCCCGAGGACCUCCUUGCAUUACUAGACGAGAUAUCGAGUAAACAUCCAAACCUCCUCCGACGUAACAUCCCACUCAAACAAGAUAUUCAACCUCUCCAAGAUCACUCCUCAGAACGACAACUCACAACCAAUACAUCAUUAAAAGACAUGCCCUCAUCAUCGUCAUCAUCAUCUCCCUCUCCAGAAGCGGCUGAAGAUAGUUCAAAGAAAGAAGAAGAAGACGACGACAACGCCUCCAUAAUAACAAACGCAUCCUGGAUAAUCGACGCCUACGACGAUCUAUUCCACUCCUCCUUCCCCUCAUCAGCAAACACUUCCUCCGUCCAAUCCUCCUCCGAGGAUACGGAACCAUUAUUUGAAAGAGGGGAGCCGCAGUUUAUAUUCCCUGUUCCUGAGGGGUCGAGGGUUGUAGCUACAUAUCUGGCGAAUUCGGGGUUCCUGUCUCCGUCCGAGAAGCAGAAAGAGGGACCGAGCGAAGAAAAAGUGAAAGGCGUAGAAGAGGAUGUAGGAGGUGAGGGAAAAGAAGAGAAUGGGAUGGUUGUCCUUGAGAAUUCUCGGGGUGAUAGGAUUGGGUUGGCGGCUUUUGCUACGGCUGUUAUGUUUGGGGGGAUAUGGGUGCUGGAAAAACGGUAUCAGUGA